AUGGCGGACGACUUGCAAAGGGAGCGUAUAACUUGUGCCUUCUUUUUGAAACGAAAACACCGUUUUUGCCGAAUGACAGUUUCAGGGGGAAGCAAAUAUUGCGGAGAGCAUAGGAUUUUUGAUGAAGAAUCUAAAGGUGCUGGACGAAAAAGGAUCACUUGUCCUCUGGAUAGGAAACACACAGUAUUUGAAGACCAGCUUGGAAGUCACCUCAAGAAAUGCAAUCAAACAAAAAAAACUCAAGUUGUCUACUACAGUGCUAACAUCAACUCUGGUAUACCAAACUACGAAUUCUCUACAGCAGAAAGGGCUUCAUUGAGUUCUGUUUCUCAAGAGAAAGUUUCAUGGUUAAUCAACAGAGUUAAAGAAUGUUAUAAAGCUCACGUUCCUAAAAUCCCAGAGGAAGUUCUAUUUCAUAAUGUAUUUCAAGAAGAAGUUACAGAAAUGGUGGAUAAUCCUGCUGUUUUAAAACAUUUAAAACAACAGGCUUCUCUUAUUGGUCAUAUGGACAAGCUACAUCUUUUAGAACCCAGUACAAUAUUCUUGGAAUUCGGAGCUGGCAGAGGAAAGUUGUCUCAUUGGCUUCAGCUUGCUGUGGGUAAUGGUGCAAAGGAUGUAGACUAUCUACUCAUUGACAGAGCAAGUAACAGAUAUAAGUAUGAUCGCUAUCACAGAGGAGAGGAUCAGGGACCGUCUUUUAAGCGAUUAAACUUGGACAUCAAACACCUUGAUUUAAGUAAGGUGCCAUGUAUUCAAAAUAGUAAGCAGAAAGUUGUUGCUGUCAGCAAACACCUUUGUGGGGCUGCUACAGACUUGACUCUCCGUUGCUUAAUAGAAACAUUAGGUAAUACCCAGAAGCAAUCAGAUCAUGACAACAGUACAAAAAACGACGCAUAUGAGACACGGAGAGAAGACAAGAGGAUAAAACUUGACCCCAACAAACGGCCAGUGAAGGGAGUGAUAUUGGCCCUGUGUUGUCACCAUUGUUGUUCCUGGCCUCAGUAUGUUGGCAGACCGUUCCUUCAGAAUCUUGGCUUUACUGCAGAAGAUUUUCAUCUGCUGUGCUGCCUUAGUAGCUGGGCAACAUGUGGAAUAAGGUUAAGGGAACGUCGAAGGGGAGUUACUGAGCGGACUGUUGACAGCACAGAGAAUGACGACCGAGAGGGAGAUGACAGCCAUGACAUCUCAAUAGGAGACAUUACUCCGCAAGAAAUUAAUUCAGAGAAUGAUGAAGAAAGAAAAGAGGUUUAUGACGAAGACAGAUGGUCAAAUUACACAAUAUCUGAGAGAGAAGAAAUAGGGCGGCAUUGUAAACGACUCAUAGAUGCUGGGCGUCUGUGGUAUCUGGAGUCAUGUGAAUUUAAUGCUAGACUGGCGUUUUAUGUCGAUUCCAGCGUUUCGUUGGAAAACGCUGUUCUUAUAGCGACACCAAACACGUAGCAUUCCUCGCAAAGACAGAGUGUAUAAUGAAGAAAUUUACAAAUUGUGAUGUAGGAGGAUUUCACUCCCUUUCAAGAAUCACCUGAGCGAAGGGAAAAACCCAGAGAAUAAUGAUCUUUUGAGGUUUUUUCUUUCAUUCUUCCCGCAUAACUGUUUGUCUGUCUGAUAGUCUGUCCUUACUCCCGUCCGUUCGUUGAUACCUUUCAGUGUUCAUCUUUUGUCUGCAGUCUCACUUUUUUCCUAACAAGAGGUUACACGGAGCCUAUAUUCUGGCCGGAUUUGCGGUGUAGAGGGAACAAAUUAAAGGCCUUGCGGUUUUUAGCAAAACCGCUGUUGAGUGCUUCUUAUUGUUUACUUAACAUGGAUAAAUAUGGAGAUGAAGACUUUUGAACAAGUUGAUGCCAUGACAAAUUGAAAAUAUUAAAAUCGCGGGAUGAAAUGCGGGCACUGACGUAAGUACCGCUGCAAAGUCAACAGAAAAGGAAUAACUCUGUUAUUCUAUAAAACCAGUUCUAAAUAGAAUCUUGCGUUUAUCAUAUUUCCGGUUGCAAAAUUCAUCAAAUUUUAACGCUGCGAUUCAAAUCGUAUGUUUUUUUCGUCCGCUAAAGUAAUUUGCUCCCAUCGCCAAUG